AACAAAACUGUCGUAAUGUCCUAUGUGCAUGAAAGUGAAACUCCUGAAGAUAGGGUGGUUGAAAUUAUGUCCAGGUUGCCGCCCAAGUCGUUGAUGCGGUUCAAAUGCAUACGCAAGUCUUGGUUCUCUCUCAUCAAUAGUCCAAGUUUUGUGGCCAAACACCUCAGCAAUUCCGUGGACAACAAACUCUCAUCCUCCACUUGUAUCCUUCUCAACCGUUCUCAGGCUCACAUUUUCCCAGACCAGAGUUGGAAACAAGAGGUUUUCUGGUCCAUGAUUAAUCUUUCCAUUGAUAGUGAUGAGCACAAUCUUCAUUAUGAUGUUGAGGACCUAAAUAUACCGUUUCCAUUGGAAGAUCAUGAUUUUGUAUUGAUUUUCGGUUAUUGCAAUGGGAUUGUCUGUGUAGAAGCAGGGAGAAAUGUUCUUUUGUGCAAUCCUGGCACAAGAGAAUUCAGGCAACUUCCCGUUUCAUGCCUUCUUCUACCUUUCCCUCCCAAGGGAAAAUUUGAAUUGGAAACCACCUUUCAGGCAUUAGGAUUUGGCUAUGAUUGCAAUGCUAAAGAAUACAAGGUUGUGCGAAUUAUAGAAAAUUGUGAGUAUUCAGAUGAUGAGCGAACAUAUUAUCAUCGUAUUGCUCUUCCUCACACGGCUGAGGUAUACACCACGGAUACUAACUCUUGGAAAGAGAUUAAGAUUGAUAUAUCAAGUACAACCUAUUCUUGUUCUUGUUCAGUGUACAUGAAGGGAUUUUGUUAUUGGUAUGCAACAGAUGGCGAGGAAUAUAUACUUUCAUUUGAUUUAGGUGAUGAGACAUUUCAUAUAAUACAAUUGCCUUGUAGGACAAAAUCCGGUUUUAGGUUUUAUUAUAUUUUUCUGCGGAAUGAAUCCCUUGCUUCUUUUUGCUCUCGUUACGAUCGGAGUGAGGAUUCUGAAUCAUGUGAAAUAUGGGUAAUGGACGAUUAUGAUGGAGUUAAGAGUUCAUGGACAAAACUAUUAACAAUUGGACCCUUACAAGGCAUUAAGAAGCCAUUGAUAUUUUGGAAAAAUGACGAGCUUCUUAUGCUUGACUCUGAUAAAAGAGCCACAUCUUAUAAUUCAAGUACCGGAAAUCUCAAGUAUCUUCAUAUUCCUCCUAUUCUCAAUAGGGUUGUUGAUUUUGAAGCUCUUAUUUAUGUGACAAGUAUUGUUCAUGUCAAGUAA